AUGUCUCUCCCUUCGAAAAUGGGUGCCGGCGGAGGUGGUGGGCUCUUCAGCCGGAACCAGUCGGGCAACGUGCCCACCAUGCGAGGCCUGGUAUCCUUCAUCGCCGACCUGAGAAAUGCGCGUGCCCGCGAGCUGGAGGAGAAGCGCAUCAACAAGGAAUUGGCAAACAUACGGCAGAAGUUCAGAGACGGCGGGCUGAACGGCUACCAGAAGAAGAAAUAUGUCUGCAAGCUCUUGUACAUCUACAUCUUGGGGUGGAACGUCGAUUUCGGACAUCUCGAGGCUGUGAACCUCAUCUCGGCCUCGAAGUACUCGGAGAAACAGAUUGGAUACCUCGCCGUCACACUAUUCUUGCACGAGGAGCACGAGUUAAUACAUCUGGUUGUCAACAGCAUACGGAAGGACCUGCUGGACCAUAAUGAGCUCAACAACUGCUUGGCGCUGCAUGCGAUUGCGAAUGUUGGUGGCAAGGAGCUGGGAGAAUCCCUCAGCGCAGAAGUGCAUCGACUCCUCAUUUCGCCAGCCUCAAAAGCGUUCGUCAAGAAGAAGGCAGCACUAACCCUACUACGAUUAUACCGAAAACACCCAGGCAUCAUACAACACGAAUGGGCGGAGCGGAUAAUAGCGCUCAUGGACGAUCCAGACAUGGGUGUAGCACUCUCCGUUACGUCGCUAGUCACCGCCCUCGUCCAGGAUAACACCGAGCAGUACAAGGGUAGCUACGUCAAAGCGGCCAACAGGCUGAAACGGAUAGUAGUCGACAACGAAUGCGCGGAAGGCUACUACUACUACAAGGUCCCAUGUCCGUGGAUACUGGUGAAGCUCUUGAAGCUGCUGCAAUAUUACCCACCUCCUGAGGAUUCUCAUAUUCGCAAACUCAUCCAUGAAGCCCUGCAGAAGAUCAUGGACUCGGCCCUCGAGAUGCCCAAGAACGUCCAACAGAACAACGCACAAAACGCGGUCCUCUUCGAAGCUAUCAACCUCGUUAUCCACCUCGACACCGAACAAGAUCUCAUGGUACAAAUAUCACAGCGUUUAGGGAAAUUCAUCGCGUCAAGAGAGACGAAUGUACGGUACCUCGGUUUGGAAGCAAUGACACAUUUGGCAGCACGGUCAGAAACGCUGGAUCCAAUCAAGAAGCACCAAGCAAUCAUCAUUGGCUCGUUACGGGAUCGAGACAUCAGUGUGCGGAGACAGGGACUGGACCUACUUUACAGCAUGUGCGAUCCGACCAACGCCCAAGCUAUCGUGAACGAGCUCUUGCGCUACCUACAAUCGGCCGACUACGCGAUACGAGAAGAGAUGGUACUCAAGAUUGCUAUCCUGACAGAAAAAUAUGCGACCGAUGUACAGUGGUAUGUGGAUAUAUCGCUACGAUUGAUUGCCAUGGCAGGAGACCACGUUAGCGACGAAGUCUGGCAACGAGUCAUCCAGAUCGUGACGAAUAACGAGGAGCUGCAAGUGUAUGCUGCUCAGACAAUCCUACAGUACAUCAAGUCAGACUGCCACGAGACACUUGUCAAGAUUGGCGGAUACCUGCUUGGAGAGUUUGGGCAUCUGAUCGCGGACAACAAGGGCUGCAGUCCGAUCGAACAGUUCUUGGCUCUGAGCGCAAAGAUGCGAGGAUGCUCAGGGAGCACAAGGGCGAUACUGUUGUCAAGCUACGUCAAAUUUGUCAACUUGUUCCCCGAGAUCAAGCCGCAGCUACUGCAAGCAUUCCGCGCAUACAGUCACUCGCUCGACUCUGAGCUCCAGCAAAGAGCGUGUGAAUACCUCACACUUGCUACGAUGCCAACCGACGACCUACUACGAACCGUAUGCGACGAGAUGCCACCUUACCCAGAGCGAACGUCAGCACUGCUGUCGCGAUUACACCAGAAGCACGCUACUACUAGUGACAAGCGAACAUGGCUAAUCGGAGGUAAAGAUGCAAACGCUGAUAUGAAAGAGUUUGGUCUUGCGCGACAAAAUACAACCGCCGGCUCUGGCGUCAAGCGAAGUUUCACAGAACCCGUGCAAAAGCCUGGCAAUCCAGUUGCGACAAAUGGCGCAAAUGGAGUCAAGUCUAUCUCAAGUGAUCUAGACGGACUGGACCUCAAUAUCGACCCGAGCAACUCCGCGGCUCCUAACCUUGCCAGUGCUGCUCAUCUCAGUCCGGACUGGGAAGUCGGGUACACUCGAUUACUGCUUCGUGGUGAUGGCAUUCUGUACGAAGACCAACAGAUACAGGUUGGACUACGGACAGAAUACAGAGGGCAACUUGGUGCUUUGAUUUUCUACUUCACGAAUAAAUCAUCCUUCCCGAUGGGCUCAUUCACGACAUCGCUCGACAACCGAUCCGCCGAAACUCUAAAGACCGACGUCAAAGGCCUGCCAGACACGACAAUAGCACCAGAGGGCCAAACGCAACAAACGAUCAUGUUCGAGUGUAGGAACGUCUUCGUAGAGCCACCGACGUUCCGCAUAUCAUACCUUGCCGGCGCGCUACAAGGUCUCACACUCCAACUCCCCGUCCUGCUUCACAAGUACCAAGAAGGAGCGGAACUAAGCGCAGAAGACUUCUUCAAACGAUGGAAGCAAAUCGGAGGCGCGCCACGAGAAGCGCAACGCAUUUUCGGUCUGGUCAACAAGAACCGGACUAUGAACAGCGACUUUGUCAAGAAGGUCGUCGCAGGCUUCAAGUGGGGCAUCGUUGAUGGCGUCGACCCGAAUGGAAAGAACAUUGUUGGCGCAACGGUGCUGCAUACAAGUGAGGGCGGGAAAUUCGGUUGCUUGAUGAGGCUGGAACCGAACUUUGACACUCAGAUGUACCGCAUCACGAUCCGCGCGACAGACGAAGCCGUCCCACCAGUGCUCAUCAAGGCCAUGGAAGACCGACUGUCGCAGGGCAUUGAGGGCAUGGCCUGA